AGACGGUUUGGCGCGAGCUGUUCUGUUGUUGUGUUGACUUGCCAUCAGCGUACGAAUAAAUAAGACAAAAAGCACGCUCCUCGUCAUGGCUCCAGUGUCAAACCCUGACAAAGACAUGGACGCUCCGGACGGCGAUGAUGGAAGUGAAGCCUGCGGUUUGGCGAAGUCUCGCUCCAGACGGGAGAAAAGAGAGAAGGUGGGGAGGAAGUCUGCACUGGAACAGCUCAAGAAGGCUAAGAUGGGGGAGAAGAUCAAGUAUGAGGUGAAGGAAUUUAGCAGUGUGUAUGAGGAAGUGGACGAGGAGGAGUACUCAAAGAUGGUACGAGAGAGGCAAGAGGAUGACUGGAUUAUUGAUGAUGAUGGAACAGGAUACGUGGAGGAUGGAAGAGAAAUCUUUGAUGAUGAUUUAAACGAUGAUGUAGUAGAAGACAAAAGGGCAGGAAAAGGAGGCGCCAAAGGAGCCAACUCAAAGAAGAGUGUGAAGAAAUCUGUGGUGGCCAAGCCCAACACCAUUAAGAACCUGUUCAUGAACAGUAAUGUCAAGAGGCCAGCUGAGAAAGACGUGGACUUGUCCAAAGAUGACCUGUUAGGGGAUAUCUUACAGGACCUGCACUCUGAGAAACCAGCUCUUCUGACUCCUCCACCAGUGGUUACGCUAAAGAAAAAGAGGUCUGUGGGAUCACCCAUGAAUCCCUUCUCCAUCAAACCUCAGUUGCCAAAGCAGGACCCACCGUCAGCUGCAGGGCUAAAGGCAAAAGUAAUUCGACCACCACCUUCAGGCUCUGCCCCCAGGCCGGCAGCCCGCCCUCCUUCCUCCACAUCUGCUCGUCCUCUGGAAAAGCAGAAUAUAAAAGUGGAGGAGCUGAACAAAGAAGAAGAAGUGAAUGAUGCUAUGGCAUUUGAUGGGGUGGACUUUGAUGAACCAAUGGAGGUUGGCCUCGAGGUGGAGGAGACGACUGUAGUUAAAGAUGAUGCUGAGUCUGAAGCUGAAGCGGCAGCAGUGGCUGCGGUUAAAGUUGAGGCCAAAGUUGAACCUCUGGACCCAGCCCUCAUGGCCAGCAGAAUUGGAAGCUCUUGGGGACAAGAGGAGGAGGGCGGAGCCAGCGACGCUCCAGCCGAGGUGCAGGUCGACUCGAGCCAACUUCCGCUGGUGGAGGGGCCGGAUGGGGAGCAGGUUUUCCGCUUCUACUGGUUGGAUGCCUUUGAGGACCUCUACAACCAGCCAGGUGUGGUGUACCUGUUCGGAAAAGUAUGGAUUGAGUCCGCAAAGUCUCAUGUCAGCUGCUGUGUUACCGUCAAGAACAUUGAGCGGACCGUGCACCUCCUGCCUCGCGAACAUAAAACAAAUCCCAAGACGGGGGAGGUGUCCGACACUCCUGUAGGGAUGAUGGAUGUCUACCAGGAGUUCAACACGCUCUCUGAGAAGUUCAAGAUCAUGAAGUUCAAGUCGAAGAAAGUGGUGAAGAACUACGCUUUUGAAAUUCCCGAUGUGCCCAGUCAGUGCGAGUACCUGGAAGUCAGAUAUUCCGCUGAGUUCCCUUCACUACCUUCGGACCUUAAAGGGGAGACCUUUUCCCACAUUUUUGGAACCAAUACAUCCAGUCUGGAGAACUUUCUGCUCAGCAGGAAGAUUAAAGGUCCUUGCUGGUUGGAUAUCAAGUCACCACAGCUAAUGAAGCAGCCCGUCAGCUGGUGUAAGGUGGAGGCUCUCUCUCUGAGGAGUGACUUGGUCACUGUGGUCAAAGACCUCCCUCCUCCGCCGCUCACUGUCAUGUCCAUCAGUCUGAAGACGGUCCAGAACCCUAAAACUCACCAAAACGAGAUUGUGUCUCUAGCUGCGCUCAUACACUAUUGUUUCCAUAUGGAUAAAGCUCCUCCUCAGCCUCCAUACCAGGCUUAUUUCUGUGUGAUCAGUAGACCAGCUGACUGCAUCUUUCCUUACGACUUUAAAGAGGCUGUGAGAAAGAAGAACGGGAAGGUGGAGAUAGCUUCUACAGAGAGGACCUUGCUCGGCUUCUUCCUGGCCAAGAUGCACAAGAUAGACCCUGAUGUGCUGGUGGGUCAUGACAUCUUUGGAUUUGACUUGGAAGUUCUUCUGCAGCGGAUCAAUGUGUGCAAGGUUCCCCACUGGUCAAAAAUUGGACGCCUCAGGAGGGCCAACAUGCCAAAAUUAGGGGGUCGUAGCGCCUUUGCAGAGAAGAGCGCCACCUGUGGGCGUCUGGUGUGUGACGUGGAGAUCUCAGCCAAGGAGCUGAUUCGCUGUAAAAGUUAUCAUCUGACUGAACUCGCUGCUCAGGUGCUGAAGACGGAGAGAAUCACAGUCCCCCAGGAAGAUGUUAAAAAUCUUUACAGUGACUCUCCUCACCUCCUCUACCUGUUGGAGAUGACAUGGACAGAUGCCAAGCUGAUCCUCCAGAUCAUGUGUGAGCUCAACGUGCUGCCGCUCGCCCUGCAGAUCACCAAUAUUGCUGGCAACGUCAUGUCUCGUACUCUGAUGGGAGGCCGCUCCGAGAGGAACGAGUUCCUGCUGCUUCAUGCCUUCCACGAGAAAGACUACAUCGUCCCUGACAAACCGUCUUUCAAAAAAGCCCAGCUAGAGACGGCUGAAGGAGAAGAUGAUGUGGAUGCAGGAAGAGGCAAGAGGAAGAAGAAGGCAGCCUAUGCUGGAGGGCUGGUACUGGAUCCUAAAGUUGGUUUCUAUGAUAAGUUUGUGCUGCUGCUUGACUUCAACAGUCUGUAUCCUUCAAUCAUCCAAGAAUUCAACAUCUGCUUCACCACUGUGCAGAGGGAGGCUCACAACUCACGGAGGAAGAGCGAGCAGGAGGAUGAACCAGAGGAAAUUCCCGAGAUUCCAGAUCCUAGCCUGGAAAUGGGAAUCCUGCCCAAGGAAAUCAGGAAGCUGGUCGAACGGCGUAAGCAGGUCAAACAGCUCAUGAAACAGCAAGACCUCAACCCGGAUCUCUACCUGCAGUACGACAUCCGUCAGAAGGCUCUGAAGCUGACUGCUAACAGUAUGUACGGUUGUCUGGGAUUCAGCUACAGCCGCUUUUAUGCCAAGCCACUCGCUGCCCUGGUUACACACAAAGGUAGAGAGAUUCUGAUGCACACCAAAGACAUGGUUCAGAAGAUGAAUUUGGAAGUCAUCUACGGAGAUACUGACUCCAUUAUGAUCAACACAAACAGCAAGUCUCUGGAUGAAGUCUACAAACUUGGCAAUAAGGUGAAGGCGGAAGUGAACAAGCUGUACAAACUGCUGGAGAUCGACAUCGAUGGUGUGUUCAAAUCGCUCUUGCUGCUGAAGAAGAAGAAAUAUGCCGCCCUUGUGGUGGAGCAUCAUGGCGAAGGACAAUAUAGUGUCAAGCAGGAGCUCAAAGGGUUGGACAUCGUCCGCAGAGAUUGGUGUGGCCUGGCCAAGGAAUGCGGCAACUACGUGAUUGGUCAGAUCCUGUCAGAUCAGAGUCGCGAUGUCAUUGUGGAGAACAUCCAGAAACACCUGGUGGAGCUGGGAGAGAAGGUAGCAAGCGGAGCCAUACCGCUCAACCAGUAUGAGAUCCACAAGGCGCUGACAAAAGAUCCUCAGGACUACCCUGAUAAGAAGAGUCUCCCUCAUGUCCACGUGGCUCUGUGGAUCAACUCUCAGGGUGGCCGUCGGGUCAAAGCGGGCGAUACCGUCUCCUACAUCAUUUGUAAAGAUGGCUCCAAUCUGCCAGCCAGUCAGAGAGCCUAUGCUCUAGAGCAGCUUCAGAAACAGGAGAAUCUCACUCUGGACACACAGUACUACCUGGCCCAGCAGAUCCACCCUGUGGUGUCUCGCAUCUGCGACCCUAUUGAGGGUAUUGACAGUGUGCUCAUAGCCUCGUGGUUGGGUCUGGACCCAAGUCAGUUCAGAGCUCAGCAGCAGCACCAGAGGGAGGAGGAGGCCGACGGCAUGCUGGGAGUUCCCAUCCAGCUGACUGAUGAGGAGCGUUAUAAAGACUGCGACAGGUUUUGUUUCACCUGUCCUCAGUGUGGCAAAGACAACCUGUACGACAGCGUCUUUGAAGGAGCUGGGGCAAAGGUGGAGCCCAGUUUGAUGCGCUGCUGUCACAUCCCUUGUGGAAGCUCCCCAGCUGACUACGUUGUCAACAUCAGCAACAAGCUCGCUCUUGACAUCCGUUCCUGCAUCAAAAAAUACUACUCUGGCUGGUUGGUGUGCGAGGACCCGGCCUGUCAGAACAAGAUCAGACGUUUGCCCAUCGCCUUCUCCCGACAUGGACCCAUCUGCCCCGCCUGCAGCAGGGCAACGCUUAGACCCGAGUACUCCGAGAAGGCCCUAUACAACCAGCUGUGCUUCUACAGGUUCAUCUUUGACUGGGACUACGCAACUGCAAAAGUACUAAAUAAUGAUGAAAAAAAAUUUGUUAACAAGCUGGCUAAAGAAAAAGAGGUCUAUCGGAGGCUAAAGGAAGUACCAGACAAAGCCUUAGCCUCCAGUGGCUACUCGGAGAUUAACCUGGCCAAACUCUUCCAGGCUUUCUCAUCCCUCAAGUAAAACAACACACACACCUCCAAAAGACAGCGCCGCCAAGAGGCUCCAGUGUCUGACUCAAAAAGCUGGACAGUUGCACAUAUAACCACAGCUGUUUUCUUUGUUUGCGGUUUCCAGGUAUAGGCCUCGGUCUCUUAACCCUUAUGUCAUCGACCCUGCAGCUAAUGGGCUUGUAAUAUAGCUUAAAACCCAAUCACACCUUCCCCUUCUGCACGCGCACACUCUCGUUAUUUGACCCCAUCACCCUGGUUCUGUAUGGUAAAGGGGAGCAGCAAUCAUAUCUAAAUGACAGCCUAUUGUGCGUGCAGAGGGCUAGCUGUGCCCAGAUGUGUGUGCGUGUGUGUGUAAAAAUGACUUAUCCUCAGAGCAGCCAGUAUAGUCCAAAAGCAGCUAAUUACCCAAUGAUAGUGACCCCAGCCUCUGAGACCAGUGGAUGCCUGCAGCGAUCGGACACUUGUUCUGAUUACUACUAUUCAUCGUGUGUGUGUGUGUGUGUGUGUGUGUGUGUGUGUGUGUGUGUGUGUGUGUGUGUGU